AUGAAUUUUAAUAAUGAAAGUGCAUUACAAUUAAUAGGUUAAUGUCUUUUAUUGCUUGAAUAAAUUUUACAAUAAUACAGAAAAUAAUAUUUAGUAGGAAAUUAAAAAUCUUAUAAAGAAUAAUAAGAAGAAUAAUAAUUAUCUGAAUCUAAUGAUCGUUAUGAUGAUAGAUUGAACGAAAAUGAGACAGUUAAAAGUGGAGAUGAAAUUUAUCAAUUUGAUUUCUAUGAAUCAUAAAAUAAUUUGCCGGAAAUAGUAAUAGCUUUAAAAAGCAAUUUUUAAAAGUUAAAAGAAGCGCUUUAAAGAGUUAAAUCAUAAAUAGAUGAUCAAAGUUCUCAAAACAACUCAAGUCUUUCAAAUAGUAAUAAAAUUAUGAAAAAAAAUUUCCAGUUUGCCUAGGAUUAAAAGAUCUUGAAAAUUAUUGAAGGAUAGCAUAUAAAUCAAGAUCUUUAAUAAUAUUUCUGUGAUAAAUUUAAAAAUGAUGCACCUUAAAAAAUAAAAUAAUAAAAAAUGGAUGACAAUCUUAAUAGACUCAUAACAUACACUUCAUCAAAUUUUUGUAACUAAAUUGAAGGAAUUUAUAAAGUGGUGAACAAUUAUUUAUACUCUGUUAGGCCUACAUAUCAAGAUGAUUAUUUUAGUUAAUAAUCUUUAAAAUUAAGAUAAGAUUAUGAGAAGGACUUAAAAUAAUUUAUUAUGAACAUUAAGGAUUUCUCUUAUUAAUUUGGUAAUAUAUAUCCGAUCGAAAUAUAAUCGUAUAAGAGCAAGUUAUAAUAAAUAAAGAAGUCAUAAGCCCUCUGCUUUAAUUUGGAUGAUUCUUUGUUAGCUACAACUGAAAAUGAAAUUAUACAUAUUUGGUAAUUUCAAGAAGGAUAAAUGAUUGAAUUUAAUAAACCAAAAAGUUAGCACAAAAAUGAUGUUGCCUGCAUUUUAUUUAGCUAAAAAUACAAGUAUUCCUUUUUUUCAGCUGGAGGAUUAGGAGACUAUAGCAUUUUUAUGUGGUAUUUUUCCAAUAAUAAUUGGGAAUGUAUCGAAGCGUAAAACUACAAAACUAAAAAUAAUGGAGGUUUUAGAUCUAUGAUUUUAAAUAAAAAUGAAGAUAAAUUAUUUACAAGUGAUUCAUUUGGAAACAUCAGAAUAUGGAAAGUAGAUUAAAUCAAUAAGGUAUUUAUAUUUGAAAAUGAACUAAAAGAGUUUACUAAAUAAUGUUGGUCAAUCAGUCUUAAUGAAUCUGAAACAUAAUUAGUUGCUUUUGGAGAAGAUAAGUAGAUCAUCGUUUGGGAAAAAUAAUAAAAUAAUGAGUGGAAAUUACUCAAUAAAAUUACAUAAUAAGAUUAAGCUUGCAGAGGUAAAUUUUUGAAUGAUUCAACAUUUGUAUUUUGUACACAUAAUGAAGGAAAACUAAUUGAAAUGAAGAUAGAAGGGAAAAAUAAAGAAAAGGUAGUUGAAAUCACAAAUAUGUAAUUAGACUUUAAAAAAUCAGAUUUAUUUAGCUUCCCAAUUUAGUACAUCAAUAAUAAAUAAAUUUUAAUUGUUAAGCAUAACAGAUAUAUCUAUUUUUAAAAAAGAGACAACUUAGGAAAAAUGAAAAUGCUAACCUAUUUAAGAUUCUAAAACAAGUAAUUGUUUGGAACUUUAUCUAACGAUAAAUAAUAUUAAGUUGUUUGGAAUGAUGGAUAUUAUUAUGUUUAUAAAUUAAAUUUAUGA